UUCAAUUUCGUUCUGUCCAAAACAUUCAUGGUCGAUCCUUCAUUUUGUUUCUAAUUUUAGAAAUGUUCAGUUCAUUGGUGAUCCUCGCGUUCUGAAAUUGUAGGAGGGACAGUUGUGUAUCAUAUCGUAGUAACAUAAUUUUCUUUCCUUUCAUGGAAGUGAUUUCCGUACAUGGGAGUGAUACAAAUUUUCUCAGGCUGACAUCCGAAAACCCUGAGAGCGUUUCAUCCCACAUAUUUCCAGGAUCGUGAGAAAAUGGCAGAAGAUACCCAACAAGGGCCGUAUCUAGUUCAGGCUGUUUAUUCAUUCAAAGGGAAAAAUAAUGAUGAGCUAUGUUUCAAGAAAGGCGAUAUAAUUACUUUGACACAACUCGAUGAAGGGGGUUGGUGGGAAGGAACUCUGGGCGAUAAGACAGGCUGGUUUCCAUCCAAUUAUGUCAAGGAGUACAAAACUCAAGCCGACACUCUGAGCUCAGCUAAACUUUCACCAGUAAAUUUCACAUCUCAACAAGCAAUAAACCGUGCAGUUGUUUUAAAGGACAUGAUCGAUUCAGAACAAGCAUACGUUGCAGAGCUACAAGCGUUGUUUUCAAAUUUCCUUCAUCCUCUAGAAAAUUCAAAAAUCAUGACAUCUGAAGAAUACAAACAGUUGGUGGGAAACAUCACAGAAAUAAUCAAGAUGCAUCAAGAGCUGAUGGCAACUCUCGAAGAAUGCGCCUCCCGUCCGUCCAGUGAUCAGAGGGUCGGAAAAAUAUUCCUUAAUUCUGCGCCUCACUUGAAACAAGUGCAUAUGGUUUAUUGCUCAGGGCAUCCGAAAGCCGUGUGCAUCUUGGAAAAAUACAAGGACGAUUUGGGUCAGCUGAUGGAAUCUUGCGGCGCUGCAUCUCCCGGUCUAUUGGUUCUCACCACAGCCCUUAGCAAACCAUUCAGACGGCUAGAGAAAUAUUGCGGUAUGUUGCAAGAGUUAGGCCGCCAUGUAGAAGAGAACCAUCCUGAUCGCGGCGACAUCCUACGCUCUGUCAGUGUCUACAAAGAUAUCGCUUCCAGUUGCUCAGUUACUCGAAGGCAAAAGGAGCUGGAGCUGGAAGUUCUUAGAGGUGGUGUAAGAGGUUGGGAAGGAGAAGACCUCGUUACUUUAGGUGAAAUUCUCCAUAUGGGAUCUGUUGCUGUCGGGCCACAGCACACAGACCGUUACCUACUUUUAUUCCAAUCUAUGCUGGUCAUUUUGUCCGUCUCCCACCGAAUGAGCGGAUUUAUCUAUGAAGGAAAAUUACCUUUGACUGGAAUCACUGUAAAUAAACUAGAAGACUCUGAAGUCUACAAAAAUGCCUUCGAAAUAAUUGGACCAAUGAUAGAUAAAAUUGUUGCUGUGUGCCAAACGAAAGAAGACCAGCAAACAUGGGUAGAAAAAAUCCGUUUCUACUCAAAAAAUUUGAAAAAGACCGGAUCGCCAUCAAGCUACCCCAGCAGCUCAUUGCGACUGAUAGCCCCUGCCCCGUCUCCGUCUCGAAGUAUCACUCCAGUAAAACAAACCACGAGCACAAAUAAACGAGCUACAUGGAGUAUUACCUGUCUUCGGCCUUUACCUCCUCACAACCCGCUUUCGUCCCGUGAUGAAAAGUCUCCCAGAAGCCCUAAAAAAUUGGUCGAUUUGUCUUAUGAAGAAGAUGCACAAAUUCUCCGAGUAAUAGAAGAAUAUUCCACUUGCACUAAAACCCGCCACAAUAUCAACUCUGUUGAUCUCGGUAGCCUGUACGCUUCUGCUGCCUCCCCAUGUCGCAAUUGGUACAAUCACAAACCAACCCGCAGAGCCUCAGCCUGGUGCUGUGGUAGCCAUCUCCUUCUUCGCACUUUGGCCAAACAACAUCUUGAAUAGGAGAACGGAAUUGAAAUACUUAGCUCAAGCUUUUUUCCUGACAAGACAAAAUUUUCCGAAAAGUGCAUUUCCUGUGACUCAAAAGGUUCCUGCAAGCCUGUAGUUUGCUAAUAAAUUAUUAAUACUCCCUCAGAUAAUACAGGAACAGACGUGCGUCAACGCUUAGUUUGCAAAAACUUUUACAAAACGGAAUAUGUAUUCCUUAUGCUGAACAAAUAAUCUUAAAUUCCAGUUUGUGAACAUUGAGUAUGUUACUAAUUUAAUAGACCAAGUUUAUCAACAGUAAGUCCAAUCAUUUUGAAAAUUUUUAAAACGAAAAUAUUGAAUUCAACUCGCCGAACUUUUUUAAAUAAUCAUAUUUAUAAUUACUGUGAUGCAUGACUUAAGGACUGAAACAUGUCUUGAUUUUGUAUACAAAUGAAGCGAAUUGUGUUGAUGAAUGUCCAAACUAGAUGUUUUCACUAUAUAAAAUUGGUGCUUAAGACAGUCGCACAAGUGAAACCAUCAUUAUAAACAGUCUAAUAAACACAGGUAUCAAAAUGCAAACAGAACACUCAAAAGAACAAAUCUCAAAAAAGUUUACCACUUGCUCUUCAUUGGCUUUUACUCUAGCAGCUGUUGUCAGACUUACAAACUUAUUCAAAAUCAAUUCUUUGAAUUGCUCGAAUAGGUUUUCGGGAAAAUGUUGCCACUUCGCCUUUUAACCUAACUCUCAAGGCUUUUAGGGCAGAGGCUUAGAUGGGUUGUCUCUGAACAAAUGAUCAAGGUUAUUUGAUAUUUUUUAGUCACUCAAUAGUUUUCUGCCUUUAUACUUUCCUUUGUCAAGAGAGCAAGUACUAAUUCUGUCAUAGGGAAAUUAAUUUCAGUGCCAUGAUAACCUUUAAGUCUUUACCAAAAGCAGGGCUGAAAAUUGUGUCAAACUUGAAAUCCUCAAAUUUUGCCAAUUUUUACUCAUUCCACGAUGUUCCUGAUUAUAAAUUGAUUUGAAAGCGAUAAAUUAACAAUAUAAAAGCAUCUUAACAAAACUUUUUCCCCGUUUCUUCUAAGAAGUAAGAACCUGUCCUAUGAAUGUAAAAUUAUAAAUUUACAACUCCAGGGAAUGAGUUAAAAGCUUCAUUUUGAAUUGCUCAAUAUUACUGAUUUUCGCACGGUUUAGCCAAAAUUAAUUAUCCAGCAAAUACGUUAAUCAAAAGCAUGUCAAUAAUUGUGCAAUCUACAUGUAAUACUAAUGUGGCAAGGUAGGAUCUUGAAAAUGGAAGAAGUAGGACAACUCAAGGAAAAAGUCUCGAAAGAUAAGACAUGAUAUGGGGAGUCAUAGUCUGGCAACUCAGAUUAAUGUCAUUUCUGACCAACGCUGGGGCUCUAGUGAAUGUUGUCUUUUUUCUAUUUUUAUUAUGUGCCAUUGAGUAACUUUAUUUGGAGUUAUAAUUCCUCUAACCACAAUAAUUUCCCUUUCACUUCUGCCUCAUAAUUAAAAGUGAAAGGGUUUAAUGUCUUAUCCUUAAGUAUCAGUAUUAUUGUAUGUAUUCACCUGUUACGUAGUUCUGAUGUAUUUAUUUUUUAAUUUGUAUUUUUUACAAAAAAUUGUUGCUUUUUAUAUGAGAGACAAAUAAUUUAAUACAGUAAGUUUUUUAUUUUA